GGCGUACGUUUCGUUGUGUUAUAUCUACGCGUGUUAACGGUUGGACUCGACUCGUUCAUUCGUCGAUUAUUUUAUAAACUAGUGCGUUUUUAAAUGUACGGCUAUUGGAUAAAAGAGUUAUUCUUUCGCGUUGAAUGGUAACAGUUGUGAACUUCUUUAUGAAACGCUCAUCAAAUUUGUGUUUUAAACAAAGCAUAUGAAAAGUGAAAAUUUUCCAGCUGAUGUGGAGUCAAGUGCGGGUAUAUGCAUACAAGGGAGUAACUUGCAAGUUGGAUUACUUUCAUGAAGUACUUGAAAUAAAAGGCAUUUAAUUUUUUGAGAAUUUUUACAGUAAGAAAUUUCUUACUAUUCAAUACAUGUGAAUUUGCUACGAAUUAUUAUUCAAGAGUUAAGAAAAACAUAAGCACAAUCUCACAGGAUUUCAGUACAAUUAUAGAGGAAAAGUCGUGCAACAAAAGGCAUAGUCCAAACAACUUGGAAGACUUAACUUCACAUUCAACACUAUAUGGAUAAGCCCGACUACUAAAAUCAAGCUGAACGGUUCGUGGCGAGAUACUAAAAAGUGAUGAAUAUCUUAAUAGCUGGAAGUAAACAAACAAAAACAACAAAAAAGUAUUGUGUUAGCGAAAGAGUGAAUGAAAAGUAAAUAACAGUCCAAUUUACAACGCUUUCCUCAACAGAAAUAAACAAAAAUGAAGUUUUAAACAAAAAAAUGGUUAAUAAAUAAUUGGGAAUAUUAAAAAUAUUAAAUGCAAAUUGUGCAUAAGUAAGAUAAAGAGCAGAAAAUAUGAGAAACGAAAGUUAAAAUACAAAUUUUAACAACAACAAUAAAUAUGUACAUAUGUAUGUGUAUGUAAUUAACGAUGAAUUGAUUAAAAGAAACUAGUUAUUGCUGAUGAUGAUCAAUGUUAGUGCGCUCUUUAUAAAAGCUGAAACAAAGAACGACCUUUAAAAAAAGCGAGUGAAUCACCGUACUUGAAUACUUCAUAAAAUCAUUUUAUUAAAAGUGAAAAAAUAUAUAUAUUCCCACUUAAAUCUUGAAAAUGAAGUGUGUUUAAAAAAGUAAUAACAGGAGUGCUUAACAUUUUCUACCUAAAAAAUAUCUCUAUUGGCCUAAGUGGCACAACUCUACCACACGAAGUCACACACACCUAUUAAAAGGAUACUUGGAUGUAAAUAUUUUACACGAUGGAAUUUAAAGCGAACCCUUAGGCCAUAUGCUGCCAUUUUGCGGAUAGCACAGCGUUAAGUGGCACUCUUCUAAUCGGCUUAUGGCUAUGUGGCGCCUAAUUUAAAUCAUUAAAUUAAGCAUUGAAAAGUAAUAAAUCGAUACGACUUUCGUGCGCAUCCAUCAAACAUUUUGCGUCGCGUCAAGUAAAUGCUUUCGAAGCGUCAUCGACAACAAAACCAACAAACCAAAUUUGUAUCAAACACGCAUAACAACAGUGAAACGCACGUCUCAGUCAUGCAGUACAACACAUUCGCUUCAACUUCACCUGUCAUACCCUUGCAUCGCUCACCUGUGGCUACAGCGACGUCAAUGGCGUUACUCAAAAGCCUGCGCAGUUUACGGCAAUUGCUGCUGCCACUCAAUAUCAUCGUCAUCAUCACCUUCGCAUCGUCGACGAUCAGCAUGACGCAGGCUAAGCACCUGUCAGGCAAUGACAUGGUUAGCAGCGACGUCGUGACACUCGACGAUGUCGCAUAUUCCGCCUCUAUGCCAUCAGUCUCCUCCUCCUCAUCCUAUUACGGCGCUUAUCAGAAUCAACGCUUCGCUAUGGAGCCACAAGACCAAUCGGCUGUGGUGGGUGCUCGUGUAACGUUGCCGUGUCGCGUCAUCAAUAAACAGGGAGUACUGCAGUGGACCAAAGAUGAUUUUGGUUUGGGCACCUCGCGGGACUUAAGUGGUUUUGAGCGCUACUCCAUGAUUGGCAGUGAUGAGGAGGGCGACUAUUCGUUGGAUAUUUAUCCGGUGAUGUUGGACGAUGAUGCGCGCUAUCAAUGUCAAGUGAGUCCAGGUCCAGAAGCUCAGCCGGCCAUUCGUUCUACGUUUGCGACAUUAACGGUGUUGGUGCCACCAGAGGCGCCAAAAAUUACCCAAGGUGAAGUGAUCUACACGACGGAGGAUCGAAAAGUGGACAUUGAAUGUGUGUCGGUGGGCGGCAAACCAGCAUCGGAGAUAACGUGGAUUGAUGGACUUGGAAACGUUAUAAUGAGUGACAUUGACUACACUACGCUGCAGAUGCCGGAUGAGCGACGCUUCACCGCUCAAUCGACAUUGCGGUUGACACCGAAAAAGGAACAUCACAAUACGACAUUCACAUGUCAGGCGCAAAACACGGCGGAUCGCACAUAUCGGUCGGCGAGGAUACGUGUGGAGGUAAAAUACGCACCAAAAGUUAAAGUGAGCAUAAUCGGCGGUGCGUUGGAGGAUGGUCGUAUACCGGAGUUUGCACAGGUGCGAUUGGAGUGUAAAGCGGAUGCCAAUCCCAGUGAUUUGCGUUAUCGUUGGUUCAUCAACGAUGAACCAAUUGUUGGUGGGCAAAAAACCGAAAUGGUCAUUCGCAAUGUCACCCGUAAAUUCCAUGACGCCAUCGUCAAAUGUGAGGUACAAAACACCGUGGGAAAGAGUGAAGAUAGUGAAACGCUGGAUAUAAGCUAUGCUCCCUAUUUUCGUCAGCGCCCACAGUCGAUCGAAGCAGACUCAGGUACAUUAGUAUCACUAAGUUGCGAAGUGGAUGGUAAUCCAACGCCAGAUAUUGUAUGGAUCCAACAUCCAAGUGACAGGGUUGUUGGCGUCAAUUCUAAUCUCACCUUCACCGUUAGCAACGAGACUGCCGGUCGUUACUAUUGCAAAGCAAACGUGCCUGGCUAUAAGGAGAUCACCAGCGAUGCGUAUAUUUACUUAAAGGGCUCGCCCACCAUUUACUCUCCGGCCUACCAAUUUGGCUGGGUGGGUGAUACGGCGCGUAUCGAAUGUUCGGCUACUUCGGUACCUCGUGCACGUCACGUCUCUUGGACUUUUAAUGGACAUGAAAUCAGCGCUGAGUACGGGCACGACUAUUCAAUAUUGGUGGAUCCGGUGCCGGGUGGUGUCAAAUCGACUCUGAUCAUUCGUGACAGUCAAGCCUAUCAUUAUGGCAAAUACAAUUGCACUGUGGUGAAUGAUUAUGGCAACGAUGUGCUGGAAAUCAGUCUACAGGCGCAAAAAACCAUAUCGCCCAUGAUGAUCAUCAUCGGGGGUACCUCAGUCGUCGGCUGUGCCAUGAUUCUCAUAAUUAUCAUCAUCGUCUACUUUAAAUGCAAGAAGCGCACCAAACUUCCACCGGCCGAUGUAAUCAGCGAGCAUCAGAUCAGUAAAAAUGGCGGUGUAGCUUGUAAAAUGGAAGCCGGCGAUCGUACUUCCAAUUAUAGCGACCUCAAAGUGGACAUUUCCGGUGGUUAUGUACCCUACGGCGACUACACCACACACUAUAGUCCGCCGCCGCAAUACCUCACCACCUGCUCCACCAAGUCGAAUGGCAGCUCGACUAUACUACAAAAUAAUCACCACAAUCAUUUACAACAACAACAUAUGCAGCAAACACUACAACACCAUCAACAAACUCCACCACCACAAACAGUGCCAAUGAGUUUCCUAUCGAACGGCAGUGCGAGCGGCAGCCUCACGAGUAGUAUCGUCGGUUCACGCGAAAUACGUCAGGAUAAUGGUUUGCCGAGCUUACAAUCGACAACAGCGUCAGUGGUGAGUUCGUCGCCAAAUGGUAGUUGCAGUAAUCAGAGCACAGCGACACAUGUCAUCUCCAGCUCAGUGGCGAUGAGUGUAGAUCCACGGUACAGCGCCAUUUACGGCAAUCCAUAUUUGAGAUCAUCCAACUCGUCGUUACUGCCGCCACCAACAGCGGUUUAGGGAGUGAACAGCGUAAGUGGUUGGAAAAUGCUGACGAUGGUGUAAGUGUAAGGAAAGACUCAUACAAACAACAUAAAUAGUCGCGUAGAAUUCAAAGACUGAUCUCAAAAGCAUUAAUAAUUGUGUGAACGGCGCGCAAAUCGAUCGCAUUACCCUCUAGACGCCAGGUAAGGAUUAGGAUUUUUAGUUCAAGAAUAUAUGUAUUUGUAUUGUGAACAGCCAUGCAAUUCGUAUUGAGCAACUAGUUAAAAAAAACGUGUUAAUAAAAAAUUUUAAAAAUAUGAUUUUAAUGGCAAGAAGUAGUUUGGUUCAAGCAAACAAUUGUAUCACUUUUUGCAAUCGUUGAGCUUUGUUGGUACUUUAUCGUUCAGAUUUUUCAAGUUUUAAGGUUAUACAAAUCUCCACAAAAUUAUUUAAAAAAUUUUCGAAAAUACAUAAAUAUCGCAUUAGUACUCUACUUAAAACAUGACUCAAAUCAACUCGGCUGCUUUUAAAAGCUUUUCAUUUUAUACUGCGCAAGGGCGUUAA